GGGUUUUUCUUCACUGUGACAGAGAUGGAUCCAGGAGGUUUGCAUGGACUGCCUAUUAUAAACAAUUACCUGGAUGGGACACAGGGAGGGUCCAUGGACAAGGCAUUCCCAAGCGGCAUGCAUUUCAGGGACAGCAAGAGAAAGGUUGACUACGUGUUAGCCUACCACUACCGAAAACGCCUCACUCAGCACCUGCUUGGUGUGGGCUCACCAGAGCCAACACGUGCAUCUGCCUUUAUGGCCAUGGUUUUGAAUGGAGGGAAUGGGAAGGAGCCACUGGGCAUGGAGGUGAUCGAGCUUGGUUCACUGGACACUGUGGAGGAGGAGAAGCGGCUGCAGCGGGAAGAGUACGAACGCAACCUGGUGGAAGCAGGGCUGGAGAUAGAGAAAGACCCGGAGAAUAAGAGCCAAGGAUUGAGUUUUGUCCGUAUACAUGCACCCUGGCAAGUACUUAGUCGAGAAGCGGAACUCCUUAAAAUAAAAAUGCCCACUAAAAAGAUGUAUGAAAUCACAGAAGAAGGGGGAAUACUCAAAAAGUUUAAUGAAAUAUGGUGCAAAUUGACGGAACCUCUGCAACCCCGGGUGCCACGACAAGAAAAUACCAACAUGAAAAGCCUGUUUUACCCGUUUUCCAGAGAGAAAUUAUAUUUGUAUAACAUUAAAGACAAAGACACAUUUUUUGACAACGCUACCCGCAGCCGAAUAGUACGUGAAAUUUUGAAACGCACAUCUACAAAGGCAAGAAACAGCAUGGGUAUUGGCACAUUAAUAGCAAACAAUGUUUAUGAUGCAGCAUACCCACUUCAUGAUGGUGAAUAUGAAGGCCAAAAUGAUUACAUGAAUGAAAGAAAGUUGCUGUAUCGAGAAUGGGCAAGAUACGGAGUAUUUUACAAGUUUCAGCCUAUUGACCUCAUAAGAAAGUAUUUUGGAGAAAAGAUAGGACUUUAUUUUGCAUGGCUGGGUUUAUAUACAGAAUUCCUCAUUCCAUCUUCAGUAGUCGGGAUUAUUGUAUUCCUUUAUGGAUGUAUAACCAUUGAGAGUGACAUUCCUAGUAAUGAAAUGUGCGACCAGCGCAAUGCCUUCACCAUGUGCCCCCUAUGUGAAAAGUUCUGUGAUUAUUGGAACCUCAGCUCUGCUUGUGCUACUGCUCGAGCUAGCCACUUGUUUGACAACCCCGCCACAGUCUUCUUCUCCAUCUUCAUGGCUCUUUGGGCUACUAUGUUCCUUGAACAAUGGAAACGUUUGCAGAUGAGAUUGAGUUACUUCUGGGAUCUAACUGGACUGGAGGAAGAAGAAAGAAGAGCUAGGGAGCAUCCCAGACCAGAGUAUGAAACCAAGCUGCUUCAGAAAAAGCUGAGAAAUAAAAACAUCACAAUAGAAAAUUCAAAUGAAAAGGAGAAGCUGACAUGGAAUGACCGUAUGCCUGGAUAUGCAGCAAACUUUGGAUUGAUUUUAUUUAUGAUUAUGCUGACAUUUUCAGCAGUGUUUGGUGUGAUCGUAUACCGAAUUACUACAGCAGCAGCUUUGUCAUUCAGCACAAAUGAGACAACCAGGUCAAACGUUCGAGUGACUGUGACCGCAACUGCUGUCAUCAUUAACCUCGUUGUGAUACUGAUACUUGAUGAAAUUUAUGGAGCUGUUGCCAAAUGGCUGACAGAAAUUGAGGUACCCAAAACAGAGAAGAACUUUGAGGAGAGACUGAUUUUGAAGGCAUUCCUAUUGAAGUUUGUGAAUUCUUAUGCACCAAUUUUUUAUGUUGCCUUUUUUAAAGGAAGAUUUGUUGGCCGUCCUGGUCGUUAUGUAUAUGUGUUUGAUAGUUAUCGAAUGGAAGAGUGUGCUCCAGGAGGAUGUUUGAUGGAACUCUGUAUUCAGCUGAGCAUCAUUAUGCUUGGAAAACAACUGAUUCAAAACAAUCUGUUUGAAAUUGGAAUCCCGAAGCUAAAGAAGCUCUUCAGGAAGCUGAAGGACGAAAGAACUGAGCCAAAAGAAAUGGACACCAACCGGUCAAAGGACCCUCAGCAGUGGGAUCUCGAUUACACUUUGGAACCUUUCACUGGGCUGACUCCGGAAUACAUGGAAAUGAUUAUCCAGUUUGGCUUUGUCACACUCUUUGUUGCCUCCUUUCCUCUGGCACCUCUCUUUGCUCUCCUGAACAACAUCAUAGAAGUCCGUCUUGAUGCAAAAAAGUUUGUUACUGAACUGAGGAGGCCAGACACAGUAAGAGAAAAAGAUAUAGGAAUUUGGUAUAACAUUUUGAGUUGUAUUGGAAAGCUUUCAGUUAUCAUUAAUGCUUUUGUAAUUGCUGUCACAUCCGAUUUCAUUCCACGCCUCAUGUAUCAAUAUGCAUACAGUCAAAAUGGAACCAUGCAUGGCUUCAUCAAUCACACGCUCUCAUACUUCAAUGUCAGUCAUCUCAAGGCGGGAACACAGCCAGAAAACUCCCCAUUUGCACAGGAUGUUUUAUUCUGCAGGUUCAAAGACUACAGAGAACCACCUUGGUCUCCAAAUCAGUACGAGUUUUCUAAACAGUACUGGGCAGUCUUAUCAGCUCGCUUGGCUUUUGUUAUCCUAUUUCAGAACUUGGUGAUGUUCCUCAGUGUUCUGGUUGAUUGGAUGAUUCCUGACAUCCCCAAGGACAUCAGUGAACAGAUCAAAAAGGAGAAGAGUGUGCUUGUUGACUUCUUCCUGAAGGAAGAACAUGAAAAACUGAAGCCGAUUGAAAGUUUUAUUGCACGCGACAAGCAGAAACACAGAAGUGGGACCAAAGGUGGAAAGAUCCGGGCUGCCAGCUUCUAUCAGUUUAACCGAAGUCCAAAAGGCAGCUUUGCCUCCUUUAGCUCUCAGCACACAGAAGUAUGACUCCUUAGGGAAGGGUAACAUACUAUGCUCACCUCUGAGAUACCUGUUUACUGUGUGAUGCAAUUCUGAACCUGGAGCAAGGGAGGGAGAGACAGACAGACAGGGAACAAAAAGGAGGCUUCUUUUGCUUCCUUAGAAACUCCAUAUUCAAAGUUCUCUGUCACAUUU